GAAGGAUAAUCUAUAAGAGGGAUCAGAGGGGGUGGGGUUCAUCCCAUGAACACAAUGUCAGAGGAAGAAGAGUUUUUUCUGUUCAAGAACAUCUCAUCGGUGGGGCCCUGGGAUGGGCCUCAGUACCACAUUGCCCCUGUUUGGGCCUUCCACCUCCAGGCAGCUUUCUUGGGCUUUGUCUUCUUUGCAGGGACACCACUGAAUGCCAUAGUGCUGGUGGCCACGCUGCGCUACAAAAAGUUGCGACAGCCACUCAACUACAUUCUGGUCAAUGUGUCCCUUGGGGGCUUCAUCUACUGCAUGUUCUCUGUCUUCGUUGUCUUCGUCAACAGCUGUCAUGGAUACUUUGUCUUUGGCCGCCACGUUUGUGCUCUGGAGGCUUUCCUGGGUUCCGCAGCAGGUCUGGUGACAGCCUGGUCACUGGCCUUCCUGGCCUUUGAACGCUACAUUGUCAUCUGUAAGCCCUUCGGCAACUUCCGCUUCAGUUCCAAGCACGCACUGGUGGUGGUUCUGGCUACCUGGAUCAUUGGUGUUGGCGUUUCCAUCCCACCCUUCUUUGGCUGGAGCCGGUUCAUUCCUGAGGGCCUUCAGUGCUCCUGUGGUCCAGACUGGUACACUGUGGGCACCAAAUACCGCAGUGAAUACUACACCUGGUUCCUCUUCAUCUUCUGCUUCAUCUUACCUCUUGGCCUCAUCUGCUUCUCCUAUGCUCAGUUGCUGAGGACCCUCAGAACUGUGGCAGCUCAGCAGCAGGAGUCAGCUACAACUCAGAAGGCUGAGAGGGAGGUGAGCCGCAUGGUGGUAGUGAUGGUGGGAUCCUUCUGUGUCUGCUACGUGCCCUAUGCUGCCCUGGCCAUGUACAUGGUCAACAACCGCAACCAUGGGCUGGACUUACGGCUUGUCACCAUUCCUGCCUUCUUCUCUAAGAGCUCUUGUGUCUACAACCCCAUUAUCUACAGCUUCAUGAAUAAGCAGUUCCGAGCUUGUAUCAUGGAGAUGGUGUGUAGGAAGCCCAUGACAGAUGAAUCUGAGGUGUCCAGCUCCCAGAAAACAGAAGUUUCCACUGUCUCUUCUAGCAAAGUUGGUCCCAACUAGGAACCCCAUGUUGACCUGUUUGCAGCCAACUAGAA